CGACUUUCUGCAAAACAAAAGGAAGAAACUGCUUUCAGGAUUUCACUUGACAUUCUCAUCAAAGAGCAAAAGAGGGGUUUAUUUGUGGACACCUUGCCUCCUCUGGAAAUGCACAACUUGUCAGCAUGACACCUUUUCCGGAUUUCCCUCUGCGUAGGCAAAAAUCCUGAAAAUGAUGGAUGACAACAAGCAGCUGGCUCAGCGCAUAGACGGGGCUAUUCAGUCGGCCAGCCAGGAGGUGACCAACUUGCGCUCGGAAUUGAGCGCCACCAGCCGAAGACUGACCGAGCUGGGGGCUGCCGAGCCUUCGGGCAGCAUGCUGGAGAGCCUGCAGCGCAACUACAACGAUACUUCUCCGCACACAAGGCAGAAAGUGCCUUCCACUGACCUGUGCUACACGGGUGAAAUCAGCAGUCUGAUGGACUUCAACUCUCCUGAUGCCUCCCUGGACAAAGUUCUGCUUCGUGAGGAGGUGGCCCAACUCCAGGAAGAGGUGCACCUGUUGCGCCAGAUGAAGGAUAUGUUGAGUAAGGACCUGGAGGAGAGCCAAGGAGGAUGCUCGGCCGACGUGCUUUCUGCCACAGAGCUCCGCGUGCAGCUGGCCCAUAAGGAGCAGGAGCUGGACCGAGCCAAGGAGGCUUUGCAAGCCAUGAAGUCAGACCGUAAGCGUCUUAAGGCGGAAAAGGCAGACCUGGUAAACCAGAUGCAACAACUUUAUUCCACACUGGAGAGCCGGGAGGAGCAGCUCCGUGAUUUUAUCCGCAAUUACGACCAGCACAGAAAAGAGAACGAGGAUGCGGUGAAGGCUCUCGCCAAAGAGAAAGACAUGUUGGAGAGAGAGAAGUGGGACCUCCGGCGGCAGACCAAGGAGGCAACCGAGCACACUGGAAUGCUGCGCACACAGCUGGACCUCAAAGAAAACCGCAUCAAGGAGCUGGAGGCUGAACUGGCCAUGGCCAAACAGUCACUCGCAACCCUGACCAAGGAUGUUCCGAAACGUCACUCACUGGCGAUGCCAACAGAAACGUUUGUCAACGGCAACAACCAGGAAUGGGUUAUGCAGGCUGACCUUCCCCUCACUGCCGCCAUCAGACAGAGUCAGCAGACCCUCUAUGUGCAUACGGGCCAUCCCACCGACAGACAAGUGGCUGCUGUGCGGGUGAGCCCGUGCCACUCGCGUCAGCCCUCCAUCAUCUCUGACGCCUCGGCCGUGGAGGGAGACAGGUCUUCUACACCUAGUGAUAUCAACUCUCCACGUCAUCGGACUCACUCUCUCUGCAAUUCUCUAGAAGAUCUGGAGGUGGCGAAGUGUAAGAAGAAGAAGGAGAAGAUGGGUCUGGGCUCUUUGUCGCGAGUCUUUGCCCGAGGAAAGCAGCGCAAGUCUCUGGACCCGGGUCUGUUUGAUGACUCUGACAGCCUCGGUAGCCCCACCCGCCUCAGUCUCAGCUUGCCGGACGGCCCCGAGGAGCAGCUGGACCGCCUGCAGCUGGUGGAGCUGGCCAAGACCACGUCCAUGUCCCAGUGGAGGGCGGGCACCGUGCAGGCCUGGCUAGAGGUUGUCAUGGCGAUGCCCAUGUACAUGCGCAGUUGCUCGGAGAACGUCAAGAGUGGCAAGGUAUUAUUGGGCCUAACGGAUGAAGAUCUGGAGCUUGGUUUGGGCGUGACCAGUUUCAUGCACCGUCGUAAACUGCGUCUGGCCAUUGAAGACUACAGGGAGGCUGAGGAUGGAAGAGGAUUGUCCAAGGCUGCAGACAUGGACCACCACUGGGUUGCCAAGGCCUGGCUCAGCGACAUAGGCUUGCCUCAGUACUCACAGGCAUUUCACACCCACUUGGUGGACGGACGUAUGCUCCACUCCCUCACCCGUCGUGACCUUGAACGUCACCUCAACAUCUCUAAAAAGUUCCACCAGGUCAGCUUGCUGCUGGGCAUCGAGCUGCUGCACCUGCUUAAAUUUGACAAGGACGCACUCCAGGCGCGCCGGAUACAGUGUGAGCACCAAAAUACGGAUCCUUUGCUUUGGACCUCUCACCGUGUCAUUAAAUGGCUUAAAGAGAUUGACCUCAAGGAGUAUGCAAAUGGCGUCGCUAGUACUGGAGUCCACGGAGCUGUCAUGGUACUGGAUCCCAGUUUCUCCAGUGACACCUUGGCCACAACAAUGGGAAUUCCCAGCAGCAAGCACAUGGUUCGCAGACACCUCGAGGAAGAACUGACAAAUCUGAUUGGCUUAGCCAGGGAGGAUUCUAAACAGGAAUUUGAGUGCUUAGUUUUGGGGACACCACCGACUCCCCUUCGGCAACACUCCCCAAGCAGGUCGCCCGGCUCUGCGAGUCGACACACUGAUGAUGAGGGGUCGCUGAGGAGGAGGGCUGUCAAGCCGCCAACGGGGUUCAGCCCAAAAGCACGCAAUGGGCGAGACUUGAGCUACCACAGCAGCUAUGGCUCACUACCUCGUGAAGUCAGAGAGCAAACACCUCCCAGGAUACAAGGAAGCCCCAUCAGGGCUUACGCCAACAUCGGUGUCACCAAUGUGUGAGAUUAUUGGGAGUGCAACAUGACGACUGCUCACGGGGCAUGAAGAUGAAUUUUUUUGACAACAGAUUGCACUUCUUUGUUCAAGUGUCUCUGUAAAAGAAAACGGCGACAUUGUGAAUAUAUUUUGUUUUUAAGCAGAAUCAAAAUAUGGAGAACUGAAGGUUGUUGAUCAUUUUUGUAUUUGUUGUUUAUCUGGAUUAAUAGAAUUUAUAUGAUGGAUUAGUAUUAAACGGGGUACUUGAUGACAAAAAUUGUCUUAUUAAUGUAAAAUGAUUAUUAUACAUAUUUCUUUGCAGCGCUGCCGUUUGCAAUGCCUUGUAAAUGUAACAAAUCUCAAAUCACAAAAUAUUAAGUAUAAUUGUGUGUUUGAUGGUCAUAUUCAUUUUGCAACCCCCCCCCACACACACACACACGGAGUUGUUGACAAACGUUUGUGUGACUACCAAAAGACUGCAAGAUCUGUAUGAAAGGUGAAGCUGUUUUUGUUUUUUUUUUUGUUUUUUUUUAAUCAAAUAAAUGUGAGGUGUUACUGUUUGUAUGCUGUGUUACAACCAGCAGGAAAUGGAAGUGGACACAGGUGGUAAAUGUGACACUCAAAAGGAAUAAUGCGGCAUCCUAAAUAGACGAUCUCAGAUGGGGAUUGUAAUAAAAAUGAUUUGAAAGAUAACUGACUUGAGAUAUACAGAUCCAUAUUUGUCAUUUCUCUGUACUGUAUUCUUUUAACAGGUGAUGGAAGGGCAUUUUUUGUCAUCAAAUUACAAUAAUAAAAAAAAGUUCA